AUGAAGUACACCACUAUCCUCGCCCUCGCUGGCGUCUCUUCCGCCGCUGUCACCAAGACUCUUCCCAAGUCUGCUGGUGUCACCUCUUUCCCUACUGCUGUUCCUGUCAAGGGCAGCUAUGACGGUGGCAUGAAGCGAUUCGAGCGAAGCACCAAUGUUUGCCAAGGUCAGAAGGAGACUGGUGAGAAGGAUGCUAUGUUUAUUCUCGAGAACGGCGCUACUCUUUCCAACGUCAUCAUCGGUGCUUCUCAAGCCGAAGGUGUUCACUGCAAGGGAACUUGCACCCUGAACAACGUCUGGUGGGCCGAUGUCUGCGAGGAUGCUAUCACCCUCAAGCAAACAAGCGGUACAUCCUUCAUCAACGGUGGAGGUGCCUUCAACGCCGACGAUAAGAUCGUCCAAUUCAACGGGCGAGGUACUGUCCAAAUCAAGGACUUCUACGCUCAAAACUAUGGCAAGUUGGUCCGCAACUGCGGCAACUGCAAGGACAACGGCGGUCCUCGCAAUGUCGUCAUCCAGAACUCUGUCGCUGUCAACGGUGGUGUCCUCUGUGGUAUCAACACCAACUACGGCGAUACCUGCAAGAUCAGCAACACUUGCCAGAACGCUGGCAAGUACUGCGACCGCUACCAGGGUAACUCGAACGGCGCUGAGCCUUCCAAGAUCGGAUCUGGACCUGAUGGAAAGUUCUGCACUACAUCUGGUGUUACUAAGAGCUGUUAG